UAAACAAACCAAACCAAAAACCGAUAAGUCACCUCCACAACCAAAUCAAACGUCAACCAACUAGCAACACCGAAAAAUUGAAACCGAAAAAAUUAGAUGAUUAUUUUCCGAUAUGGAUAAGCCCGAUUUCCCGGAGACACCAACAUGGACCACGUGGGAGGAGCUCCUCCUCGCCUGCGCCGUCCACCGCUACGGCACUCAUAGCUGGGACUCCGUCGCCUCCCAACUCCGCAAGCGCUGUUCCAACCUCCACCACCUCUCCCCCGACACCUGCCGGCACAAGUUCCACGACCUCCGCCGCCGCUUCGACCACCCCAACGACGCCGCUUGCGACGGCGAUGAUAAGUCCUCUCCUAUUCCGUGGCUCGAUAAGUUGCGGCAGCUCCGCCUCGAUGAGCUCCGCCAGGAGGUCGAACGCCAUGACAGCUCCAUCGUGUCUCUGCAAUUGAAGGUCGAGAGACUAAAAGAAGUGCGUGAAAAAUCGGAUCUGGAGAGGAGUGGAGACGAAGGGAUCAGAGACACGUCCGCCGCACCGGAAAGUGCCUCGCCGGUAAAUAUCACCGGGAGAGUUGUCUCCGGCGAGGUAUUCGUGCGCAAUGAUGGAAGAUCUUCGAACGAAUCCAACACCACAGAUCCGAAACCGGAGCUUCCCGAAACCGUAGUCGGCGAAAAAGACGCCGGACUCGUCGAACCGGCGGCCGGCGAGGUCGGAGCGGUGGAGAAGUUGAGUAACCCGAUGGUGGUGGAAGACUCGUGUAAUGGGAGUUCGGAUUCGGUGGUGAAGGAACCGCCGGUUGCUGAGUCGGAGAAGGCGAGCUCCGGCGAGUUGAGGGAGAGUCGGAGUAACAGUGAGGUGCAGAGCACGGCGAGUUUGUCGAGGAAGUUAGGGGCGGAAGUGAAGGCGAACGAACCGGUCGAACCGGACCAGGAGGAUCAGUCUCCCGCCAUGAAUCAAGCUCCCGUGGAAUCUCAGCCGUUGGUUGAGUUCCUUAAGAUCCUUCGAUCACACAAGGCCGCUUCAUUUUUCGAGCGCCGGCUCCAGUCUCAGGAGACACCCAUUUAUACCUGCAUGAUCCGGCAGCAUACAGAUUUUGAAUCAGUACAAACUAGACUUAAUGCGGGUUGGUACUCAAGCUGCAAGAGAAAAUUUUUUAGAGAUGUGUUGCUUAUUUGCAAGAAUGCCAUAGUCUUCUUCGGGCAAAGGUCUCCAGAAUACAAGGCUGCGUGUGAGCUUCAGUUACUUAUUUUAAAGGAAAUGGCUUGUAAGGAUGCUAAUCAGGAUCCAUCACCUAAACAAGAUUCUCAGACUCUAUCUAAAGAAGAAACUCCGACACCACUAGCUCUACCACUGAAAGCUGAAAGUGAAUCAUCAGAAUCAUUGCUUGCAAAAUCAAAACUAUCAAUUCCAUUGACUGCUUGUCGCAAGCGCAGCUCAAUAAAGGCUAGAGCAUCCACCUCUUCUUUGACAACAGACAUAAAGAAAGAGCAAAAGACUACAUCAUUGCAUGAUAUCAAACCAGCUAUAAGUUGGAAGCAAAAAGAAGAAACUUUGGAUGAAGUUGAAGAGCAACAUCCUGUCACCAAAAAGAGAAGAAAAGAAAGAGCCGGGAGCAAUACAAGAAACAACUCGAACAAAAAUAGCAAGAGCCGAGGUGAUGCUAACAAGGAGAAGAAUCCGGAUGCUGAUACAAAUGCAAUUGUUGAUUCUUCAACCAGAGCAAUGAUUAAGAAUGACAAUUCAGAGUUCGUAGCCGUGACAGAAAAGAAGAGCACUAAUAAUACAAGUGGGAAAAGGCAAAGUGCAGAAAAAUUCUUGAGUAGAAUGAAGCGGGGUUCUGCAUCCAACAAGAAGUCAGAGACAUUGAAAAUUCCUGAGAAUGAUAGCACAGCUGUAUCAGAGCAGAAAAGGACCGGGAACAGCAGAGGGAAUGGACAGAAAGCAGCAGAGCCGAGGAAAAAUGGAAAUGGAAAUGGAAAGGGGAGUGCACAGAAAGAAGUAGCUGAACCGAAGAAAACUGCAAAUGGAAAAGGAAGUGCGCAGAAAGAACAAGCUUCACGUAAGGUUUCUGGUGGGAGACAGGCAGCGAAAGAGCAAGGAAGCCCCUCGAAAAGGGGGCGGCCCUUAAAGAGGGCAGCGGAAACAGCAAAAGCUGCUCCAGCUAAACGGCGUAGAUAGUAGAUAGAGAAGGUAGUGAAUAGGAAACUGAAGCAAGUGCCGUCGGAAAUGCAAAGAAACUCUAUCAAGGAAGUCAUGGUAGUCUGAGCUUGAAGUGGAUAGUUCCAUCUUGUUUUCCUCACAAGGGGAGAGUAACAAUACUUGAAUUGCACUUGAGCAUUGAGAUUUAGAUUUUGUAACAUUUGUGAGAACUAGAGAUCAUUUAAAUUGCUCAUUGAACUACACUAUGAGAGUAUGAGACUCCACACUCACAGACCGGGGCAUCACAAGCUAGUAGCAAUAUGGCCGAUUUGAACUCCAGAGGGGUGGUGACGUUUUACAUAGACCUAACGCUAGUUCUUCGUUUACCGACUUUCAUUUAACUUGUUACAAUAUACCUGGGCAAAAACUGGGGAUGAUAGAGAGACGGUGUGGUGGGUAGAGGCAAUUUUCUUUCGAGUUUUAAUGACUAGAAAGGGUUACAACUUCCACUAGAGCUUAAACUGAAUUGGAAUUUGAUUCGGAGAAUGUGGGCAGCAAUUUUUAAACAUGUCAAGGCAAUUAACCCCGGUAGAUGAAGCUUGGCUCACUAGAGGGCAGUCACCAACAAGGGGCAACCAUGGGGAAAAGGAAUACCAGGAGAAUCCCAAAAUCAAUCAUC